GCUGGAAGCUGGGGCUACCGAAGUAGCUACUGGGCAGUCUGAACUGCUGCUGUUUCAGAGUGCAGAGCGUCCUGCACAGGCGGCAACAAAAGACGUGUCGAGAUAUCGCCUCCCUCGGAUGCCAGACCAUGUGGAGGAUGCCCUCAGCAGAGUGAAAGGGCUUGCAGAUGUGUCGGAAGAUUUGAAGAGGCAAAUUGUCAACCACAUAUACUAUGACCUCUGCAGUUACACACUGUAUCCUGGACCACUCUACGCUGUUGCUGCAGAGCAGCUCGUAGCCAAGUAUCCUAAGCUAAGGGAUGGUUCUUGUUUAAAAUAUGAGGUCUGGCGAGCACACCUGCGCGUGAAGGCAAAGAAUGGGAGGCGCGCAAUGGAAAGCACCGUGCCAGGUGUUGGUGCAGCACGGGCGAAGCACCAGAAGGCGAGUGAAGCUAAGCAGAACAGCGCUGACGCCAGGCCCGCAGUGGCAGUGCAGCACAUCGCCAGACAUCUCAGCGGUGUUACCUACUGGGGUGACGCCGAAGACGAAGAUUCUGUUGCCGGCCAUCUGGCCUUCAUGGCCAAGGAGGUGCGGAAAGCAAACCCGGACUGGCAGAAAAUUGCAUUGUCGAUGGAGAGGACAUUCGACGAACGCAGGCACUGGAUGCAGUCGGUACAGCCACUUGUGGCCGACAUUUUGGCCAAGUAUCCAGCACUUGAAUAUCCCCAAGCUAUUCGUCAGGAGUUCCACCUCCUAACGAAACACCAUCUAGACACUGAGCUGGAGGCAGCCAUAAAAAAAUAUGGCAAGAGGGUUGUGACCUUGGCAGAGAGGAAAUGGCGACUCAAACCCUCAGUCGUUGAACUCCACAAGCGCCUGGAUGUACUGCCGGAAGGGGAGAAGGGUGGUAAGCUGUUCUCGAGUUUUUACCUUUUUUUCAGCUUUGCUGCAGUGCUUGAAGCAUGUUUCAAGCACACAUGCUGUUAA